GGCAUCAACAUUGUUUUUCAUAUGUGAAUUCAACUCCAUCAUUGUUUGGUCAGAACAAGAUCAUUAUAUUACAUUUUCCUCUUCUCUCUCGUGUCCAUAAAAGAUGCUUCAAAACGCUUCCAGAACCAACAUUAGCAGCCAUCAAGCUUUUGGCAUGGAUGCUGAUCCUUCACAAACUGACUCCAAAUUGUACGAUGAUGAUGGCCAUGUUAAACGAACAGGAAGCGUUUGGACUACAAGCUGCCACAUAAUAACAGCUGUGGUGGGUUCUGGAGUGCUGUCAUUGGCAUGGGCCAUGGCUCAAUUGGGUUGGGCUGCUGGGCCUAUAGUUAUGGUGUUCUUUAGUAUUAUAACGUUGUACACGUCGGAGCUUCUGGCCGAUUGCUAUCGGUCUGAUGACCCAGUUUCAGGGAAGAGAAACCCUACUUUCAUCGGAGCGGUUCAGUCCAUUCUUGGUACUGGUGGGUAUUAUGAUAUUUUUUGUGGGAUAUGUCAGUACGCAAAUCUUUACGGGACUGCCAUAGGAUAUACAAUUGCGGGUUCUAUUAGCCUGAUGGCGAUAAAAAGGUCCAACUGUUUCCAUUCCUCGGGUGGAAAGGAUCCAUGCCACUUUUCAAGCAACCCCUACAUGAUCAGUUUUGGCAUAAUCGAAAUUUUAUUAUCUCAAAUUCCAGAUUUUCAUGAAACAUGGUGGCUCUCGAUAGUUGCAGCAGUCAUGUCCUUUGGCUAUUCCGUAAUUGGCCUCGCUCUUGGAAUUGCCAAAGUUGCAGAAAGUGGUACCUUCAAGGGCAGUAUCACAGGAGUACCCGUUGGAACUGUGACAGAGGCCCAAAAAGUAUGGGGGGUUUUGCAAGGUCUAGGUGACAUAGCCUUCGCCUAUUCGUAUUCUCAAAUCCUCCUUGAAAUUCAGGACACCAUAAAAUGUCCACCAUCUGAAGCAAAAACAAUGAAGAAGGCAACUAAAAUAAGUGUUGGAGUAACCACAACAUUUUAUAUGCUUUGUGGCUUCAUGGGUUAUGCUGCUUUUGGAGACACAGCACCUGGGAACCUGCUCACUGGAUUUGGUUUUUAUAACCCAUAUUGGCUUGUAGAUAUUGCUAAUGCUGCUAUCGUAAUUCACCUUGUGGGGGCAUACCAGCUGUAUGUCCAGCCCAUCUUUGCCGACGUCGAGAAACGGGCUGAAAAAAGAUGGCCCAUAGUUGACAUUAACUACAAAAUUCAAAUUCUUGGUUUUUCUCUAUACAAUCUAAGCCCAUUUAGAUUAGUUUGGAGAACGGUGUUUGUUAUCUUAACCACUCUUAUAGCAAUGUUGCUUCCAUUCUUCAAUGACAUUUUGGGACUUAUUGGAGCACUGUCGUUUUGGCCUUUAACUGUUUUUUUCCCGGUGCAAAUGAUUAUCAAACAAAAGAGAAUCUCAAAGUGGAGUGGGAAAUGGAUUGCUAUGGAAACCUUGAGUGUUGUUUCCUUCAUUGUAUCACUAGCGGCUGCAAUUGGCUCAAUAGCUAGUAUCGUGCUUGACUUAAAGAAAUACAAACCGUUCAGCGUAGACUAUUAA